GCCAGACCUGACGCUUCCAGACACCUCGCGCGAGAUUUCCCGGAAGCCAUUGCCCUAGGAAGAGCGUUGGGUCGCCUGGCAACCGCACCAAGGCUGCGGAGGAACCAGGCACUGAGGAAAUUUACAAACCUGACUUCCAGACUCAGUUCCUCCCGCAAGGGGAGAGGUGCCUUCAGGGAAGAAGUCUGGGGGCUGAAGAAACCAUAAAGCCACGUUUCUCAAACUUGUCUGCCAAAAGUUGAGCAUAAAACAAUAGUUAAACCUGCUUCCUGACAUGGUAUCAGAACAGAGCUACUGCUGAGAGUUUGACUUAUAGAGAAAUCAUGGUUCGACUAACCUUGGAUCUAAUUGCCAAAAGUAACAAUCUUAAACUCCGAAAAGAAGAAACCACUUCACGAUACCUGAAGAAAAUAACUCAUCUAAAUUUUUCAGACAAAAAUAUAGAUACAAUUGGAGACCUCUCUCCUUGCAAAAGUCUUAGUGUUUUAUACUUGUAUGAUAACCGUAUUAGUGAAAUCACUAACUUGAAUUAUGCUACAAAUCUGACCCACCUGUACCUACAAAACAAUUGUAUUUCAUGUAUAGAGAACCUCAGGUCAUUAAAGAAACUGGAAAAACUGUAUUUGGGAAGCAAUUAUAUUGCUGUCAUAGAAGGUUUAGAAGGAUUAGAAGGACUAAGAGAGCUUCAUGUUGAGAGUCAGAGGCUUCCCCUUGGAGAAAAGCUUCUGUUUGAUCCAAGAACUCUUCACUCUCUGGGAAAAUCCCUCUCUAUAUUGAAUAUCAGCAAUAAUAAUAUUGAUGACAUAAGAGACUUAGAAAUACUGGAGAAUCUUAAUCAGCUCAUAGCAGUUGACAACCAACUUCUGCAUGUGAAGUGCCUCCACCCCUCACCAACAGAAAGAAGUUUCUCUGAGAAGAAAGAUUUGGAAUUUUUACUGAACAAGUUGAUGAAGCUGUGGAAAAUGGAUCUAAAUGGAAAUCCUGUUUGUCUCAAACCCAAAUACAGAGACAGACUGAUACUGGUGUCCAAAUCACUGGAAUUUCUUGAUGGAAAAGAAAUUAAAAAUAUGGAAAGACAAUUCCUAAUAAAUUGGAAAGCAUCCAAAGAUGCCAAGAAAAUCAGCAAGAAAAAGAACAGUAAAAACGAGGAUGCAAGUAACUCAUACAUAAGUAACUUUGAAAGAAUCCAUCACAUAGUUCCUGUUUAUUACCCACAGGUGGGUAAGCCAAAAUUAGUCUUUUUCUCUGAUAUACCAAGAAACCUUGCAAAUGGAAAUGCAUCCUCAGAAAGCUCCCAAGAAGAUAAACCUAAAAUUGCUGAAGAUAUGGGGAAUCCCUCUUUGAAGGAAUGUGAAAGCUUGCUGACAAAAAAAUGAUAUAUAUGAAUUUCACCUUCUCCAUAACCCAAAAGAAAUGUUUGUAAAAAAAAAAAGUAAAUUCGUCCUUAAGUGUUCUUUAACAUUUGUUUUUUACCUUUACAGUACUAGACAAUAGCAUCUUCUGCAAUUUGUAGCUUUAUGGUAUCUCAUUAUGUAAAGAAAAUGAAAAUUGCUUUUCAAUUGCUUUAUGCCUCAUCACAUACAAUUUACUGAGAAAAUAAAGAUGUGCUUCCACAUUCAUCAAAAGAAAGU